AUGCCGUCACUCACCAUGGUGACCCGGAGCUCCCUGGCGACGGCGCCUCCGGCCGGCGAGCAGACUAGCCGGCAGCACCACCGCAGCCAGAAGCACCUAGUGCACUGGAUCAUCGUCUUCGUGGUGGGGUCCGUCGCCGGCGUCAUCUCCGGGCUGGCGCUCAAAUCCAUCCUGAAGAAGAUCAAGAAGCUGAUCCGGCAGCGGUCGCUUGACGGCGUCAUGGUCUUUAGCACGAAGCUGAUCAGGCAGCCGGAGCAACUGGCGUUCCUGAAGAAAUGGUGA